GUUAUGUUGGAAGACACCGCUACCCUGAGUAUCACCACUGGAAACCUCCAGAAUAAUCUUUCCACCCUUCUCAACCACGACGUUGGUAGGCCAGAUCUCCACAUCGACCGGGUAAACCUCACCGGGCAGAACGGGCAGCACAUCCGUAGAGUAAUAGUUACGGUGAGGCAGCCAAGCUCUGUGGCGGGGGUUUUGCUCAUCAACCUUGCGCCUGCUGGCACGCAGCCAGCCCUUGCACAGGGGAACGGGGUCACCCGCGGUACCGGUGUAGAAGACCUCCUUGCCCUCGGGGGAGAUGUAGCGGAGGGUGAGGAAGAGAUCGAGAUCCUGGGGGGUAGGAGCGCCCGGAUUGGCGCUCAUGGAUACGUUCAGAUGGGCGACAAUGUGUCCGGUAAUCUCAGUCUCCUUCUCGAAUGCGGGAGUGACGAAUUGCACCAGUUGGGGUUUGUCCAGGUUACCCAGAGCCUCGUAGGAGAUCUUGCUGGGACGCUCGGUGGGGGCAUGCGUGAUCAGCUCUUUCUGGGAGGUGAGGUAGAACUUGGUGUACUGAGUGCGGGCGAUGGGCCAUUCGUGCUCAAUACGACGAGGGAAGAGCUUCUCGGCUUCGGCAUUGUUGAAACCGGCAUCGCCCUUGCGCAGCACCAUAUCAACCUUGGGCGCCUUGCCCGUCGACCAGCCCUCCCGGUCCUCGCCCUUGAGGAAGGCAUCCAGGAAGCUGCGCUGGACCUCAACCUCCUCGGCGUAGUAGAAGGGGAGGUCGUGACGACCGGUGAUGAAGCGGAGGUACUUGAGUUCGGAACCGGCGUGAGUCCAUCCCUCCACGUUGCCACGCAGGUGCAGAAGAAUACCACCCCAGUUAGCCACGGACAGCAGCGGCACUUGGAUAUCCGAGAGACUGUACUCCUUGGAGGCGUAGUAGAGAUCGUCACGGAACUUGUUCUCCUCGUUGUCGAUCGUCUGAUCCUGGCGGUUCUGCACGAGCUCUUCUUCCGACAGGUCUCCCUCGAUCGUGUCGGGACCCCAAUUGCGAGCCGCACGACCUCCCAGACCGUACUGGUUGCUCACCACCUGACGAUUCCACCAGAACUUGAUGAACGCAUUGGACAAGAUUCCACCGUGUCGGCACCGAUCGCGAUAGUAAUCCGACAUGCCCUCCCAUGGAAUCAUACAAGCCAGUCCCUUGGGCUGACGAGCGGCGACACGCCAUUGACUGCCGGCAAAGUAACUGAUUCCCAGCAGACCGACUUUCCCGGACGACCAGGGCUGCUCCGCCGCCCACUCGACGACAUCGAAGAAAGCUUCACUGGUGCCCCGCGACAUGGUAUCGAGCUUGCCGAAGGACUGGCCCGUGCCACGCUCGUCGGCGCGCACGACGGCAUAGCCAUUGGUGGUCCAGUACUUGGGAUCCGGGGUCUCCCAAGCAGAAUGCUCCGAGCGCUGGUCGGGAUUGACCUCGCUGAAGCUCUGAGGGUGGAAGUCCUUGUAGGGAAUGUCCUUGCCAUAGGGUCCGUAGGUGACCAAGACGGGAACCUUGUCGGAAGUCUUGGGGCGAUAGACGUUGCAUCGCACCACCCCGGAUUGGUCCUUCAAUUCGAUGGAGACAUUCUGUUCGAAGAUGUAAGGGAAGGACGUUUCAUCCCUGGUGGUGAUAUCCUUGAUUUCGUUCGGCAUUUUCGAAGACAGUCUUGACCCAGGAUGUCACAAGGAAAAAGAAUAACCCUAAGACAAAACAAAAAGAGACCAAGCGCGGUAGCACCUCUCCUCCCUACAAUUCAUAUACAUUCCCUUUCUCCCCCGCCCGCGGCCGCGUGGUGCCUCCCCCGGAGGUGGAGCCGAAAUGGACAUCCGAGGCCGCCCCUCCAACUGACGACGAUGGGGCCCCAAGGAAGCCGAAGGAGGGACGCAAUGGAUGGCGGGGACGCGAAAAAGGGACGACUCUAUGCGCCAUAAAUAUUUAUCCCGGACGCACUGCAACCGCGGGGUUGCUAUUCGGAUUCAGUUGCGAUUCUGCUAGUCAAGUGCACCAAAGAUGGCGAUUAAGGAACUGAACGGUGGAACCGCCCCCGAGGGCCUUCGCGUCUUGAUCAUCGGUGCGGGCAUCGGUGGUUUGACCGCGGCGAUUGCUUUGCGCCAGCAGGGUCAUCGUGUCGAGCUCUUCGAACGAUCACGAUUCGCAAACGAAAUUGGUGCUGCGAUUCAUCUGUCUCCCAAUGCCAAUGCAGUCCUGCAGAGACUGGGAGUCGAUGCGACCAAGUUUGGCGCUAACGAGUGUGAAUUGUUGCGAGAGUAUACCCCCGCAGGAGAGCCCGUUCACGCCGUUGCAGUCAAGCAGCAUGCGGGCAUGUGGCGACACCGCUGGCUGCUCGUCCACCGUGCCCACUUCCACGAGGGACUGAAGACUGCCGCUCAGGCACCGGGCAAGGGAGAGCCUGCCGUGCUACACACGGCCAGCAAGGUAGUCGACGUCGACCCGCACAACGCGACCGUGACGUUGGAGAACGGCGAUGUCAUCAAGGGAGAUGUCCUGAUCGGUGCCGACGGCGUGCACUCCCUCACUCGCACCAAGCUCACUGAGGACAUUAAGCCCGUCAGCUCGGGCAAGAAUGCGUUCCGCUUCCUCAUUACUCGUCAACAGGCACUCGAUGAUCCCGAGACAAACAGUAUUGCUCAGGACUUUGGUGCCGUCGACAUGUGGGAUUCCGACGACCGCCGAGUCGUCAUCUACCCUUGCUCGAACAAUGAGUUGCUCAACUUUGUCUGCAUUCACCCCGAUUCGAUCACCACCAUUGACGCGGGUGGUGAUUCCUAUAACCAGCAGAUUGGAAAGGAGGCUCUUCUCGAGGUGUACAAGGAUUUCAACCCGCAGGUCCGCAAGCUGCUCGAGAAGGCUGACCCCCAGACAUUGAAGCUGUGGCCGCUCCUCGAUAUGCCUACUUUGCCGACCUGGGUGAAUGACCGCCUGGCCGUGCUGGGUGAUGCCGUUCAUCCUUUCCUGCCCUACCGUGCUUCGGGCGGUGCGAUGGCUAUUGAAGAUGCAGUCUCGUUGUCCGUCAUGUUGCCGCGAGGCAUUACGGCCGCCGAGGUCCCGGAGAGACUGAAGAUCUAUGAGAAGGCCCGUCACGGACGAGCCACGACUAUCCAAGAGAUGACUCGCGAGUCUGUCAAGCUCUUGUCUCCUGAGAGAGCAUUCGGUAUGACGGUGUACAUUUAUGGCCAUGAUGAAUUUGACCAUUCUGCCCAAGUGCUUCGCAAGCACCAGUGGGCCCAAAAUCCGCACAUGUACUGGCGCCAACCCAUCGUGUUCGGACCCAUGCCCGGUCCCCGACAAGAUUUCCUGGGCAACGACCGUGCUCUGAAAUCUCUCGAGUCCACCUUCCAAACCGCCUCAAUCAAGUUCAAGACCAGCCGUACCCUCCUGCAGAACCUUUUCCCAUCAGACCGCUACAGCUUCACUAGCCCCGGUAGCGUGGCCCGCGCCAGUUUCUCCCAGACCACCCUCAACGGCAUGGACUGGUUGGGCGGCGGUGGCUACCGCCACAUCGGACUGUACAUCCACGGUGUGCAGUAUAAAAAGGAGAAUGGCGAAGUGCUCAAGGGUACUUAUAUGCCCAUUCUGUUCGAGAGUCUGGCAGACCCGAUCGUCUCUGGCCGGGAGGAACUCGGUAUGCCAAAGCUCUACUCCGCGAUUGACAUCCACGAGCGCAACGGCUCGUACCGGUACCAGACCAGCUGGCAGGGUGCCGUGUGGGGACACUUUGAAAUGGAGGAUCUAGAGGAUGUGGAUCCGUCCGCGGAUAAGGGGACUAUCGGUGGUGAAGAUGACGAUGGAAUCCUUGUGUAUCGGUAUAUCCCCAAGGUUGGUCAGGCGACCAAGGGUGAAGCCGAGGCGGAGUAUCCCGUCUUCGUUCCUCAUGCACAGGAGUCCAAGGUUGUGCCUUCUAAAGUGACGCGCCUGCGUCGGACGAAGAAUGCCAAGGUCGAGAUCAAUGCUCUCGGAUGGGAUGCAUUGCCAACCCUGAACCAUGUCGUGUCUCGUCUGGGUGAGAUUCCUAUUGAUGAGAUUAUCGAAGCUAAGAUCACCGAGGGUCGGGGUGUGCCUGAUGUUUCCAGUGCCCAACGGAUUGAGUAAUAUGGAUUAUGCGAAAAUGUGAUAAUAGUAUGUGAAUGAAAUGAAGUUGUUAUCCA